AUGGAGUGGAAGUCAGUGCAGAGGAAACAUUUUCGAGGAGUCAAUCUUAGGUGGGACUGUUUUCCUUUUAAUGGAGGAAGGAGGAUAGGUGUUAAGGAGGUUCUCGUUUCUAUUUUCUUCUCUGAUAUUCCUAACAGAUCUACUGCUAAGGAUAUAUUUGAGCUAUUCGGCUGCCAUGGGGAAGUUGUAGAGGUGGUGAUUCCUCCAAGGAAGAAUAACCUUGGGAAGCGAUUCGGUUUCGCUCGCUUUGUCGGAGUAGAGGACGCUAUGACCAUGGCGAUUAGGUUGGACAACAUUUUGAUUGAUGGUAAUAAGAUACGUGCGAACAUCCCUAGAUUCGAGAGGUAUAGCUGGAAACGCGGAAAAGACGUGCGAAGGGGAAGAGGGGAAGUAGCAUCUGGAGGUGACGAAGGGGGCAGCAGAGAGGCGCUGAAGGAUAACAUGAGAAGAGGUGUCAUUCCGAGGUAUGGCAAUGGGUGCUCUUUCGUUGAUGUUGUGAAGAAUGUGAGGAGAGAUGAGAAGCCUGUUUUGACCUUCGAAUCUAAGGAGGAAGACAGUUCUAGACUCAGUAAGGCUUAUGUGGGGGAGGUCCACAACCCUGGCUCAGCGUACAAUAUACAAACUCAUUUUGAGGUGGAAGGGAUCUUCUCUAUCAAGGUCACACCGUUGGGUGCAAACUUAUGUUUGCUUGAAGAAACGGAGGAGGGUUUUAUAAGGGAGUUGAUCGGAGAUGGCCAAACGUGGUGGAGACAGUGGUUUAAAGAGGUACGCCCUUGGUCAGCGAGGGAGGUUGAUUCUGAAAGAGUGGUGUGGUUUCGGAUAUAUGGAGUCCCCUGUCAUGCGUGGAAUGCAGAGUUCUUUGUUAAGCUGGCUAAUUCCAUAGGUUCGUUUGUUUGUAUAGAUGAAAAUACCGCUAAUAAGGCUUGCAUGGAUAUUGCUCGAGUCAUGAUGAGGGUGCGUGAAUCUUUUAACUUGCCGUAG